CACGGGCGCGAGCGCUGCGCGACGUAUGCCGUAUGUAUAGCGGGGCGCGCGGGCGGCGGCGGCGGCGCGCGAGCAGGCCGGCUGGGAUCUGCUCGCGCCGGUUUAGGCCGGUCCUCUCCUGCUCCGGUCUAGUUCUUGAUUGACAGCCCGGCACUUGUUUACCACGGCGCGGCCGCAGCCGCUCGCCUCAAUGAGACUGCUGAGCUGGCACAAAAAGGGAGCGAAGAGGGAAGAAAGGGAGAGGAAGGCGAACUUUGGGCGCCUUCGAGGGGAGCGAAUUUAAAUGGCCCCCAGCUCAUCAGCUAGUUUUUGGUUCUGAAAUCUGUUCAGGGGAUUUGCACAGGGGACGAGGAAAAUUGUAUGGAGACAUAUGCGAAUUACCGUGAUUUUUAAAUAAAAGUAUCGACGUAUACAUGCUUUUCCCCCCUUUUCUCGUUUGAUAUCAGGGAGGCAUCACGUUUUUUGUGUAUAUUCAGUACUUUGCUGAAGGAAAGUUAAAAUAAUAUGCCAGUUUUUUCUACUCUGGGGGCUAAUCGUAAAGGUUUCUACACCGAGAAAACUAAAAGAUAUUUCUGUAAUUAUUUAGAACGCUAAAUAAGCAUUUUAAUUAUCUAGAACCCCCUCCCAUAUUUUCGAUUAUAUUUCUUUAUUUUCAUGCCACUUGAAAAACAAAUUUGACCCAAAAAAAUGGUUGUAAAAUGAAAGGUCAUUCCUUUUUUAUAGAAACUGGAAACUGUUAAUAAUUAGACUUCAUCUUCUUCAAGAAUGUCCGACAAUAUUGUUUCCUUAUAAGCAGGCACCUCCUAAAUGCGGUUCUUGGUAAUGAUCUAAGAUGAUGAUAAUUCCGAAGAAGGCUUCCACACUAUUCAUUCAGGAAGGCAUGAAUAUGCAUUCAGCUUCGAGCUUCCACAGACACCACUUGCUACCUCAUUCGAAGGCCGACAUGGCAGUGUGCGCUAUUGGGUGAAAGCCGAAUUGCACAGGCCUUGGCUACUACCAGUAAAAUUAAAGAAGGAAUUUACAGUCUUUGAGCAUAUAGAUAUCAACACUCCUUCAUUACUGUCACCCCAAGCAGGCACAAAAGAAAAGACACUCUGUUGCUGGUUCUGUACCUCAGGCCCAAUAUCCUUAAGUGCCAAAAUUGAAAGGAAGGGCUAUACCCCAGGUGAAUCAAUUCAGAUAUUUGCUGAGAUUGAGAACUGCUCUUCCCGAAUGGUGGUGCCAAAGGCAGCCAUUUACCAAACACAGGCCUUCUAUGCCAAAGGGAAAAUGAAGGAAGUAAAACAGCUUGUGGCUAACUUGCGUGGGGAAUCCUUAUCAUCUGGAAAGACAGAGACGUGGAAUGGCAAGUUGCUGAAAAUUCCACCAGUUUCUCCCUCUAUCCUCGACUGUAGUAUAAUCCGUGUGGAAUAUUCACUAAUGGUAUAUGUGGAUAUUCCUGGAGCUAUGGAUUUAUUUCUUAAUUUGCCACUUGUCAUCGGUACCAUUCCUCUACAUCCAUUUGGUAGCAGAACCUCAAGUGUAAGCAGUCAGUGUAGCAUGAAUAUGAACUGGCUCAGUUUAUCACUUCCUGAAAGACCUGAAGCACCACCCAGCUAUGCAGAAGUGGUAACAGAGGAACAAAGGCGGAACAAUCUUGCACCAGUGAAUGCUUGUGAUGACUUUGAGAGAGCGCUUCAAGGACCACUGUUUGCAUAUAUCCAGGAGUUUCGGUUCUUGCCUCCGCCUCUUUAUUCAGAAAUUGAUCCAAAUCCUGAUCAGUCAGCAGAUGACAGACCAUCCUGUCCCUCUCGUUGAAGGAACACUUGGUUGAAUCAAGUUGAUGUGGGUUCUGAACUGUAUCUCUUCCGGCUGAGGACAGAGAAGUAUCUUGGAGACACGUUUCAGAGGAAGUGGAAUUGCUUUUGCCCAGAAAAAUGGCGAAUACAUGAAACAACCAGUGAUCAUGCUUUAGAAGCCUACAGCAACAUUCUGGGACUGCUCCAACAUGCUUGAAGAUCUAAGCUUUUCUCUUUUAAAACUGGCACAUACUCAGAGCAGUCUUCUUAGCCUAUGGUCGUACGUGUCAAGACACCACGUUUUCAAGAGGGAUGAUCUCCUUCUUUUGAUUUGAAAAUUUGCACAUGCUCAAUGCUUACAUUGUGCGGUUCGAUGUCACUACAGCUUUUUUUUUUUUUUUUUUUUUUUUCUAUUUUUGCCAGACUCUUGAUACUCUUAAAACUUGUUUGUGGUCAGCACAACAAGGAACAAAAGAAAGCUUUGAAAAAACUUUAACAUGAAAAGACGCACUGACAUUUUUUUUUUUAAUUUAAUAUAGCCUGGACUUUACCUGCGUAUGCACAUGCUCAGAAUUGUCCUACUAGGCUGACCAUGUAUCACCUCUUCAGCUUGGAUCCAAUUGUGGAUUUAUUUACAAACAUCAAAUGCCUUCAAGCCAAUCCUUUUUGCUGUAUGUUUUGCAGCCUACUGUAGUAGAUACGCAACAGAUAAUGUGGGGAAAAAAGAGAUGAGAGGAGGAAGCUAAUAAGAGACUGUCAAGAUUGUAUACCUUCUUGGUUUCUUUUAAAAAUUUGUUGCCUUUCUACUAUUACAGCAAAGCAGCAUUUUGUUACUGACUGCCUAAAAUCACUUAAUCUCAGGUGAACGCAUCACUUGCCAAACUGUUGGAAUGCUAUUUGUGUUUUGUUGCACUGUUUUUUUUUUGUUUGUUCGUUUAUUUGGUUGGCUUUUUGGAGAGGGAAAUUUGGAAACGGGACAUACACAAAAGUUAUAACCCACCCACAUUCCCUUUUUAUCAUGACAUGCAAGAAGAAACUAGCUGAGCUAAGAAUGGAGUGAAGAAAGGCAGUAUGGCAGGCACCAGCAAAGAGUUGAGGGCUGUUGCUCUUAAAAAUUAUUUUUAUUAUUAUUAUUAUUUUAAAAGUAUGGAAGUUUUCCAUUCACUGGGGAAAGGAGGGAGAAGUGCAUUUAUUUUUAUACAGAGUUACUUAAUUACCUCCAAAACACAUAUGUUGGAAAUCGUUUUUGCUGGUGCAAAGUAUAUUAAUGAGCAGGAAUAUAUAUAUUAAGGUUAUGAUUAGAGAGCUCAAUUUGUACCUUUGCUAUCUUGCUCAAGCUUGAUAUAGCAUGAAAACUCAACUUUAUUCCAAAAGUGUAUAACUUCAAAAUUUAAAAUACUAGAACGUUUGCUGCGAUAAAUCUUUUGUAUUUUUGUGUUUUUCUAAUGAGAAUACUGUUUUUCAUUACCUAAAGAACAAUUUGCUAAACAUGAGAAAUCACUCACUUUGAUCAUGUAUAGAUUACAUAGGAAGAACAAUCACAUAAGUAAAUUAUAGUUUAUAUUAAAGGUAAUUUUCUGUUGGCUCAUAACAAAUAUACCAGCAUUCAUGAUAGCAUUUCAGCAUUUUCCAAGGUACCAAGUGUACUUAUUUUGUUGUUGUUGUUGUUGUUGUUGUAUUUUAGAAGGAAUUCAGCUCUGAUGUUUUUAAAGAAAACCAGCAUCUCUGAUGUUGCAACAUACGUGUAAAAUGGGUGUUACAUCUAUCCUGCCAUUUAACCCCACAGUUAAUAAAGUGGCUGAAAAUAAUAGUAGCUCUGGCUUGGUGCUUGACCUGGUUAAAUACUGUCUUAAAGCUCAUACAAAACAAAUAGGCUUUUCCAUAAGUGGCCUUUAAGAAAACAUGGAAGACAAUUCAUGUUUGAAAAAUGCUGACAGGGUGAAGAAAGCCCAGUGUAAAAAUGAAUCGCGUUUUAAGUGAUUCGGUUAAAGGGUUUGGGCUCCCGUAGCAAACUAAUACUAGAUAAUAAGGAAAUGGGGGUGAAGUAUUUUUUUAUUGUUAAAUCAUUUUGUGAAUGUCCCCCUCAAAAAAAGCUAAUGGAAUAUUUGGCAUAAAGGGCAUUUGGUGGUUUUAUUUUUGUUUUGGGGGGGAUUGUCAGAAAAUCCCUUUUCUCUCUUAUGUCUGACUAGGGAACAAUUGUUGAUAUGCAUAGCAUUGGAAUACUUGUCAUUAUAUACUCUUACAAAUAACACAUGAAGCAAGAAUGGCCAAUAUUCUGAUAAUUGGCACUGGAUCACAAAAUGUGAUAAAACUUUAAAAUGUAUAAAACUUUAUCAAAUAAAGUUUUAUUUUCCCCAUUAAAAAGUAUUUCUUUAGAGGCAUUACUUUUUAAAAAAUAUUGGUCAAUUCCUGACAUAAGAUGUGAGGUUCACAGUUGUAUUCCGGUAUUCAAGAUAGAUUCCUGAUUUUUCAAUUAGGAAAAGUAAAAUCCAAAAUGUUAGCAAAACAAAGUGCAAUAUUAAAUGUUUGCUUUAUAGAUUAUAUUCUAUGGCUGUUUGUAAUUUCUCUUUUUUUUCCUUUUUUAUUUGGUGCUGAAUAUGUCCUUGUAGGCUCUGUUUUAAGAAAACAAUAUGUGGGAAAUGAUUUAAUUUUUCCUAUUGCUCUUCCUUGUGGAAAAUAAAGUGUUUUGUUUUUUUCUGUUUUGUAUAA